GUCGAAAUUGGCUUUCCCUCUCCAGUCGCCGCAUUUAUGCUUUAUAUAACCAGCGGAAACCAGCGGAAGGAUAAAUUACCGUUUUUUGUGACAAAAUUUUCAAAAAUUGGUCGCUUUAGCUACGGUAGCGCGAGUGCGCGGUAGCGCCAAAUACGCGGUAGAUCAAACCACCUGACAUUGAUUUUUGAACCAAACCUACUCCGUGAAAGCGGUCACGUAGCUCAUGUUUGUGCCAAUUCGAAGACCAUGUCGCAGUUUUUCACGAACGAGGCGGUUAGUUUGGAAAAAGGGGUGGAUUCGGUGAUUAAUAAACCCACCGAGAGUGAACUAAUCGACGAAACAUAUGAACUAAAAACGUGCUUGGAGUGGAUCAAAUCCAACGAAUUCGAAAAGGUGUGUCUGCAGUUCCCCGACCACCUUCUCCAAGACUCGUCUGAAGUGGCUUUGAGGUUACAAAAAGCCCUAGGCCGAAACGUGUACAUUUUGGCCGACACCGCCUACGAAAGCUGUUGCGUCGACUACGUCGCCGCCAACCACGUCAACGCCGACGCCAUCAUCCACUUCGGUCCAGUAUGUUUCUCAAAAACGUCAGCCACCAUCCCCUAUUUGAACAUUUAUGAGAAAAAGUGGCCCGAUUUGGAUGAACUCCACCAAACUCUGACUGAAACACAUAAAAACUUGGAUCCGAACCUCGUGAUUUUGCUCGACACAGACUUCAUACACUUACAAGCCAAAAUAGCAGCUAAGUUUGACCCAAUUGGCGUCCAAACGAUUGAUUCGGGCCACCUUAGUCUGAAAGACGCCACGGUUGUCUUUAUAGGGGGGCGCAACCACCACCGCAAACUCCCUAACCUCAAAUUUUCGCACCAGCCCAAAAACUUAUACUACUUCAGUCAAGAGCAGCCCCCACGCUUGACUAACUACGAAACCGACGAAAAAAUCCUACGCCGAAGGUAUUUUCUAAUAGAAAAAAUUAAAGAUAGCAAUACUGUUGGUAUAGUUAUAGGAACUUUGGGCGUUAAAAAUUACUUGCAGGCUAUAGAACGGUUAAAAAAACUGAUCGCUUUACACAACAAAAAAUACUAUUUGGUGAGCGUUGGCAAACCCACGGUGGCCAAACUCGCCAAUUUUCCAGAGAUUGACGUUUACGUGGUGGUCACUUGCGCCCUGAACGAGAUUUAUGACAGCAGAGAUUUCUACAAGCCGAUAGUGACGAUUUAUGACGUCGAAAUGGCGCUGAAUCCUAGUGAUAACGGGCUGGGUUUCACGUAUGACUAUAAUGACGUGAUUGCGAGACCUAUCGCGGACGUGGUGGUUAGUGAUUCCAGUGAUGUGAGUUUGGUGACGGGGAAGAUAAGGGGCGGGUCUAACGUGAGUGACCACGGUGAGGUUAUGGCGAAAGAGGCGGGGACUGUGGUUUUGAGUGAGUCGCACGGGGCGGGGUUUCUGGCUGCGCGCAGUUGGAAGGGGCUGGAGCGCGAUUUGGGGCGGGGCGAGGUUAAACUGGCGGAGGAGGGGCGACGCGGGAUCGCUCAACAGUAUGAGGAGGAAAGCGCGCACUGAGUUUUGUUGUUUUUAAAUAAAUAAAUGAUUGUUGGAUGA